GAACAACCUCCUCCCCCGCACGGCGCCACGCGGAUUUGCGGCGGCAACUGGCGGCGCUGGACGUCGGCCUUGGUCAGACAACCGCCUCCAGAAAUAUGACAAGUGACGACUCGACUACGACUACCCCGGUCCUGCCGCGGUUUGACCGACCGAACACAGAGACCCGGUUCGGACCGAUGGGCGACACGAUAGUCCGCCGGCACGAUAACGGUUUGGUGAUGGUCUCGCUCCGGAAGGAAGUCGUCCUGGACGUUUUGAAGCGCUCAUGUGGGACCGCGAUCCGGGUCGUCUUCCCCAUACCAGGAGGGGAAUUUAUUGCGGAAGAGGCAGUAAAAAUUAUGCCUUCAACCGGCGCUGGCGACGACGACAUGAGAACAAGCCUUGCUCAAGAACAUCCCAGCUGCCCCAAGACAACCGAGGACGACAAGACACGAGCUGCCCCUGCGGACCUGAUCGUUUCCUCCAAGAAAAAGAAGAAGAACUGUCUCAAGCAGGUGAAAAAGGGGGAUCUGCUAUGCCAACUGGUAUACAACUACACGACCUCCAGUACAAGAAGUUCUAGUGCAGCUUCUCAGAAUAAUUAUGUCGUAAAAAAGAACCUCGAAGACACGGACACCAGGAACACGACCAGCACGUCAUCAAGAAAUAAACUGGAGGAAAAUUGUAACCGCAUCGACGUUUUGUCCCCUGUCGACGGGGCCUUGAUUGAGUGCAAUGGGCGGCUGCUCCAUCUUUCCGGCGCGGGUAAAACUGGGUGUGAAGAUGAAGGACGAACCAGCAAAACCAGUGGUCCAAACUUCUCGACUGCUGCCGGUAGAACAAACACCAGCAGGACCACGUCUACUCUGGAUUUACAGGCCGCUUUUCGGCUCCUGGACGAGUACCUGGUCAUUCUGGAGUGCAGCAGCGCCAAGCAGACAGCGACUUUUCACGCAUUGCCAGCAAAGGGGCAAGAAAUAACCUCCGCUGCCGGGUCGAUAUGGUCUGCGGAGGCGGAAGGGGGCCUUCCUGCUGCUGGUGAAAGUAGUGCUGCUAAAAUAAGACCGGUGCUCGGGGGCGACGAGGAAGUUCUUCAACUUUUGCGGACACAAAAGUCCUCGUCCUCAUCUCCACGUGCAGCUGCCGAUGAGGAAGCAGAAGACGUCGAAACUGGUUCGGCGGCGGGGAGGGAAGCGAAAAAGCAACGAUUGGAGUGAUAAAAAGUGUUGGUGUUCACAUUUAGCUGCCCAUAGUGCCCCAGCUCCUUCUGUGCCAAGCCGCAGCGCAGCGAGACCUUAUUAUAAAGUACUUAGUAAAAAACGACACAAAGCGAAAUCAAAUUAGAAA